CAUGUAGUAGAUUGCACGCCUCCCUCCCAUUUCAGGUCGGCUGCUUCCCUGGCUCCCUCUCAAUGAGCUUGCUGCAAUUCAUGUAGGCGACGGCAAAAGAUAACGCCGGUGUGCUGUCGCUAAAUAAUCGCGCUUGACCUUUAUUUAGGACACAGCGACGCGAUCCUCCAACUCGCUGCCAUCUUCAGGUCAUCCGAGGCAUCCGACACACUUGUCGCCAUGCGAGCACCUCGGCAGAUGUUGGAAUAAAGCCACUCAGGGAUGGAGGAAUCGCGUUGUCCUGAGCUAAGUGGAAUCUAAAUCAUGCUGGCCGAUGGAUGUUGCAGAGGAAUGGAGAGAGUCAGGGGUAAAAUUGCGUCAGAAUUGCCGAGAGCCACAUAUCCUCAGCAAUAUGUGCAGACUGGAGGACCCCAGCAGCAGCAGCAGCAGGGCAGCGACAUCCAGGAGCUCGCCUCCAAGCGCGUCGACAUCCAAAAGAAACGCUUCUACCUGGACGUGAAGCAGAGCGUGCGGGGACGCUUCUUGAAAAUAGCCGAGGUGUGGAUCGGCAGAGGCCGCCACGACAACAUCCGGAAAAGCAAGCUGACUCUGUCCAUGUCGAUGGCCCCCGCGCUUCGCUACUGUCUAGGGGACUUCAUAGACUAUUACGCCCGGAUCGGACUGCGGGGGGGCCUCGCGCCUCCGCCGCAGCUCGACGAGCUCGGCGGCAACGAGCACCAGGGCCGCAGGAGAGCGCAGGAGCCGGCGUCGUCUCCCACCGGCUCGGCGGCGUCGGAUGACCAUGCGCACCGCGUCCUCAAGAGCGAAUUCAUCGAGAGGGACAACAGAAAGUACUUUCUGGACCUGAAGGAGAACCAGAGAGGGAGAUUUCUGCGCAUACGACAGACUGUAAGCAAAGGCCACGGAACGAUGGGCUAUUACGGCCAAGGGAUCGAGCAGACCAUCGUGCUGCCCGCGCAGGGGCUCAUCGAGUUCAGGGACGCGCUCUCGCAGCUGAUCGAGGACUACGGCGACGACGAUUGCGACGAGCGCGGCCGAGCCGUGUCCAGGAACCACGACGACAGCCCGGAGCUUCCAGAGGCCGCGUCCUUUCGCGUGGACAACAAGCGCUUUUAUUUUGACGUCGGUUCCAACCGCUAUGGCGUCUUUUUAAAGAUCAGCGAAGUGCGCCAGCCGUACAGAAACACCAUCACCGUCCCUUUAAAAGCCUGGGCCAGAUUCGGGGAGAAUUUCAUCAGGUACGAGGAGGAGAUGCGCCGAAUUUUUACUUGUCACAAAGAGAAGAGCACAGACGCUCGGCAGGACAGCGAGGAGCAGGAGGACUGAGCGACCUUGGCAGUAGGACGGAACCUCAUUGUCAUCCGAUUUUGUCGUGUGCUGCUGUACUGUGGUGUGUGAAUGUGACUUCCAACCCAAAAGUUAUUAGAUUGAGUCUUAGCGCCGGUUAAAAUCGAGCUACCAAGUCAAAAGCUCACCAAAUCUAAUCCCCCUCCUUCCAUUUCAAAAUUGAAAGCGCCUGUAAAUACUCAAAUGUAAGAAGAAUCUAUUUAAUGGUGGAACGUGUGACUAAAUGAGAAAUUAUAUACCGUAAUUUUCGGACUAUAAGACGCACCUGACCCACUAAAUUUGACAAGAAACCAUUUUUUCAUAGAUAAGCAACACCGGACGAUAAGCCGCGGCUGUCCGCAUUGUCUUAUGGGAUAUUUACACCAAAAGAUUUUAUCCGGUAACACUUUAUUUGACAGUGGCAUCAUAAAACUGUCAUAAGCCCAAAUGAAGCUUCUUGAAGCAGUGAAGCUUCAUGGUGGUUCAUUUGGUGGUUCAUACAAAUGAUCGAUUAAUCAAUGCUUAAUACUAUUUUCCCUCCCAAGGGAGCAGUGAUGACCAAAUGAACCACCAUGAAGCUUCACUGCUUUAAGAAGCUGUCGGUAACACUUUAUUUGACAGUGGCGUCAUAAAACUGUCAUAAGACCAAAUGAAGCUUCUUGAAUCAGUGAAGCUUCAUGGUGGUUUAUACAAAUGAUCGAUUAAUCAAUGCUUAAUACUAUUUUCCCUCCCAAGGGAGCAGUGAUGACCAAAUAAAGCUUCUUGAAGCAGUGAAGCUUCAUGGUGGUUCAUUCAAUGGUUAAAACUAUUUUCCCUCCAAAGGAAGCAGUGAAGCUUCAAAUGAAAGACCAUGAAGCUUCACUGCUUCAAAAAGCUCCAUUUGGUCAUCAAUGCUCUCUUGGGAGAUACAGUAAAUCUCUGCUGCCAUCUGCUGUUAACACUAUUGUCAUCCAACAUGCCUCCUAGCAUGCAUUGCAGCGCUACAGAUGUAAAUAACAAUCAAAAUUCAUGUUCUGUGCUAAUUUUUUCUUCAGUUACUAUUCUAGUUGUUUCAUUAAUGGGUAGCACUUUAUUUGACAGUGGUGCCAUAAGACUCAUAAGACCAAAUGAAGCUUCUUUAAUCAGUGAAGCUUCAUGGUGGUUCAUUUGGUGGUUCAUACAAAUGAUCGAUUAAUCAAUGCUUAAUACUAUUUUCCCUCCCAAGGGAGCAGUGAUGACCAAAUGAAGCUUCUUGAAGCAGUGAAGCUUCAUUGGCCUGCAUUUGGUGAAGCUUCUUGAAACAGUGAAGCUUCGUUGGGCUUUAUUUGGUGAAGCUUCUUGAAGCAGUGAAGCUUUGUUGUGGUUCAUUUGGUCAUCACUGCUCCCUUGGAAGAUACAGUCAAUCUCUGCUGCCACUUGCUGUCAACACUGUUGUCAUCCAACAUGCCUCUUAGCAUGCAUUGCAGCGCUACAGACGUAAAUAACAAUCAAAAUGUUCUGUGUUAAUUAUUUCUCCAGUUACUAUUCCAGUUGUUUCAUUAAUUGGUAACACUUUAUUUGACAGUAGUGCCACAAGACUGUCAGAAUUAUGACAUGACACUAUCACAGGCAUUAAUGUGAAUGCAUUUGACAGAUGUCAUUAAGUGUCAUCCGACAAAUUAUGUCACUUACUCCAUUUAUGUUCAGCUCGGAUCUUUUACAUCCAUUAAAAAGUGGGAUCAUUUGCCGGAUGACACAAAAUCAUAUCUAUCAUAAGCAUUUAUUAAUGCUCCUGGCAGUGUAAUGUCAUAAUUAUGAUGCCUUAUGACAGUCUUAUGGCACCGCUGUCAAAUAAAGUGUUACCAAAUACCAUAACUAGCAAUUGAUGAAACAACUGGAACAGUAACUGAAGAAAUAAUUUUGAUUGUUAUUUACAUCCUUAGCGCUUGCUAGGAGGCAUGUUGGACGACAGCAGGCGGCAGCAGAGGUUGACUGUCUCUCUCCCGCUACAGAUAUGAAUAGCAAUCAAAAUUCAUGUUCUGUACAAAUUAUUUCUUCAGUUUGUCAUCUAGUUGUUUCACAAAUCGCUAGCGCUGGUAUUCUAUAACACUUUAUUUGACAGUGGAGCUAUAAAAAUGUCAUAAGCUCAUCAUAAUUAUGACAUGACACUGCCAUGAGCAAUAAUGAAUGCUUAUGACAGAUGUCAUUUUGUGUCAUCUGGCAAAUUAUCUCACUUUUCAAUAGAUUUAAAAGAUCCGAGCAUCUGUCAUAAGCAUUCAUUAAUGCCCAUGAUAGUGUCAUGUCUUUGACGCCGCUGUCAAAUAAAGUGUUACCUAUUAAACCAAAUAAAUCAACAAAUAAGCUGCAGGUUUAAAAAUGAAGGGAAAAAGUCAUGACUUUUAGUCUGAAAAUUACGGUAUAUUGGUACAAAUUAUCGAUUAAUCAAUGCUUCAUACUAUUUUCCCACCUAGUUUGGUAGGCCAGUUGCAAAAAUCUUAAAUUUAGGGUCAAUAUGGAUUCUUUUUUAAUUCCGGAACACAAGAUUACCAAAAGUAAGCUCUUUUUUCACAUUUUUCAUGUUUACCACUAAUGAGGUUCAUUUUUUAAAACCUGUCAUCUGGAUCUCUAUUUGAGCAUUUCUAUUCCUUACUUAAAGCAACACUUGGUAACUUUUCAAUUUCGUCAAUUUAGCGACGCCGGUGGACAAAAGUGGUAGUGUUUUGAAGAAGGCUGCAUUUCCCAUUAGGACCAGCUCACAACCGCAUUGUGUCGUAAAAUCAUGAUGGUCGCCUGCAGAUGGAUUAAACAAAAUUUCUGUUUCCAACGGCUGUGUGAAGGAUGAAAAGUAAUAAGGUAAUGAAUCCAGUUGUGGCUAAACAAAAGCACAUGAUACUUAGCAACCGAGUGGCUAAAACUCAUCAGCGCUGACGAGUUCGGUCGGUUGGUUUGGGGGGUAAAAAAGACUACAAAUGUGCUGACUGACAUUUGUAGUUUUUUUUUUUUGUUUUGGCAGGGUUUUUGCCACCCUCCUCAAAGUUAAUUAGUGCCAGUGAAAGCGAUACAGACCCCCUCAAGAUAUAAAACAGGUGUCAUUCAACUAGUUGUUACUCGACAUCAUCACAAAUGUUAUGAAAAUAUUUUAAAAAGCUUGAGAAGUUACCUAGUGUUGCUUUAAUCGACAUCAAAGAAUAAAAAAAAACACUAUUUGAAUCAAAAUGUAAUAGAAAUGGAUCUAAAUCACAACCUAAACAGUCAAAAUCCAAUCAAUUUUAUAGAUACACAGUAUACUGUGUAUAUGUGCUUAGAACUGCGCUACUAAGGUGUGAAUUAUGGCCUUUUCAGACAUUAUAAUGAGCAGAGGUGAGGUAAUGUUUUUUUCUUUGGGGUGGUGGGGGGUAAUAAGAGACUAGGUUAAUACCGCAGGUCUUAAUGCACAAAUCAGAUUUUUUUCAAGUUUUUCCGACUUGAGUUAGGCAUUAACUUGACAGCCUGAAUGCGACAUGUCAUAUAAAAGUGGGCCAUUUCAAAUCCGAUCCAAGUCACCUACGUAUGUUGUUAAAAUCUGAUCUGGGCCACAUUUUUCUACAAUGUGGCUGCGGUCUGAACUGUCAAGUAUCCCAAAUUGGAAUUCAUUCAGCAAUUACAUCAGCAAAGAGCUAGAGAGCGUACCAUAGAGAUUAGCGUUAGCGCCUAACUUGAACUCAGCUUUUAGGGAAGAGGCUGGACUGACAACAAUCAUUUAAAAAAAAAUCAUAAAAUCAGGGAGAAAAAGGAUAAACUUGAGAAUGCUCGGUUUUCUUUCUGUGCGCCAAGUUAGCAAUUUUCCAAUAUUGCUUACAUGGCCGAGAGUCAGGGCUAAUUGUGCAUUGAGUCCUAUCAAUCCAUAUAAACUUUGAAUAUCAGACUAAACUGGGAUUAUUUACUUCUGUUAUUUGUGUCUGCUUUUUGGAAAUCAAAAUAUGAUCACCCUAGAAUGACGUAGAGCCAGUAUGUGUAGUCAUUUGUUUUGAUGCUUCUGCACAUGCGGGUCAGUUUGCCCAGUGAGUGUCAGACUGGGAAUUAGUGCACAUGCAUACUUGAACGGGCUCAAUGGACAAAGGCCGUCUGAACAGGUACGCUAAAAAAAUUUGAUAUGACUAAAAAAAAUCGGAAUUGUGUAUUAGGACCUGAACCUAGCCAAAUAGACCCACCUGAUGUUCAUAAUAUGUAGCAACUUUCACACUAACUUCUUACCUCGCCACAUUUGGGCUGGCAAUCCUCCAGACUAGACCUUCGGUCUAGGUGUAUAUUGAUGUUCCUCGACUACAGUGGUACACCACCAGAGCCCCAAGCCUUCUUUUGCCACUUGUCUGUCGUCUGCAUGGAAGCAGGAGACAGUAUACGAGGGCUUACUAGCUAGUGCAAUAUGUUACCAUUUAUCAUUUAAUUAUACACGAACACUUUGAGAUGUAUCCCCUUCAAAUGUAUAUAAUUGAACGAAUUACAAACGCGGAAGUACAAAGACUUGAUGUAACUUGUGUUUUACCCCAUUUGUAGGUCAUUUAUGUAACUUUUACAGUACAGUAUAUGUAAAGCAGGGUGAUUCAAAGUGAUAUUCUCCCAUAUCAGUGGAAGAAUAUUUGAAAAAUAACAAGGAGUUAAUUUUUUGAUCAUUCUUUUUCCCCCUUUGUUAAGUAAAAUACCCAUUACCAUAAUUUUCGUACUAUAACGACUAUAAGCCGCAGCUGUCCUCACUGUAUUAUGGGAUAUUCACACCAAAAUAUAUUAACCGGUAACACUUUAUUCAACAGCGGCAUCACAAGACUGUCAUAAGACCAAAUGAACCCCCAUGAAGCUCUGAACCAAUUGGCUGGCUUCAUUGCUUCAAGAAGCUUCAUUUGGCCAUUACUGCUCCCUUGAGGGAGACAUUCAACCUCUGUUGCCACCUGCUGUUGUCCAACAUGCCUCCUAGCAUGCAUUGCUGUGCUACAAAUGUAAAUAACAAUUAAAUUUCAUGUUCUGUGCUAAUUAUUUCUUCAGUUACUGCAUAGACUUCAUGAGACUUCACAGGGGGCCUACCUCCGUCAAAGCUGACCGAGUGCAAACACAGACCAAGAGCUUUUUCCGUUGAAAAUUCUUGUGAAUAAAAGCUUAAAUCCCUGAAUUCUUUAAGAUAUGGACGUAAAACAGUCUCAAUUCUUGGUUAAAAGCAACAACAACAAAAAACGUGCGGGUAGAAUUUAUUUAACGCAAAUAUUGUGAACUAUGAGGCUAGUCAGUAAGGAAAUUAACGGCUUCCAUAUGUAAACAAAGAGCUUUUUUCGUUGAAAAUUCUUUUGAAUAAUGCUUAAAUCCUUGAAUUCUUUAUAAAUAUGGACGUAAAACAGUCUUGAUCCUUGGUUAAAAGCAAAAAAAAAAAAAAGUGCAGGAAGCAUUUAUUUCACGUAAAUAUUGCGAACAAUGCGGCUAGUCUGUAAGGAAAUUAGCGGCCGCCAUAUGCAAACAAAGACCUUUUUCCGUUGAAAAUUCUUGUAAAUAAAUGCUUAAAUCCUUGAAUUCUAUAUAGAUAUGGAAGUAAAACAGUCUCGAUUCUUGGUUAAAAGCAAAAAAACAAAUGUGCUGGUAGCAUUUGUUUUACGUAAAUAUUGCGAACAAUGAGGCCAGUCUGUAAGGAAAUUAGCGGCUGCCAUAUGUAAACAAACAACUUUUUCUGUUGAAAAUUCUUGUAAAUAAAUGCUUAAAUCCCUGAAUUCUAUAUAGAUAUGGAAGUAAAACAGUCUCGAUUCUUGGUUAAAAGCAAAAAAACAAAUGUGCUGGCAGCAUUUGUUUUACGUAAAUAUUGCGAACUAUGAGGCUAGUCAGUAAGGAAAUUAGCGGCCGCCAUAUGUAAACAAAGAGCUUUUCCGUUGAAAAUUCUUGUAAAUAAAUGCUUAAAUCCCUGAAUUCUGUAUAGAUAUGGACGUAAAACAGUCUCAAUUAAUGGUUAAAAGCAAAAAAACCCAGUGCAGUUAGCAUUUAUUUUACAAAAAUAUUGCAAACUACGAGGCUAGUAAGUAAGGAAAUUAGCGGCUGCUAUAUGUAAACAUAGAGCUUUUUUCGUUGAAAAUUCUUGUGAAUAAAUGCUUAAAUCCCUGAAUUCUUUAUAGAUAUGGAAGUAAAACAGUCUCGAUUCUUGGUUAAAAGCAACAACAAAAAAAGUGCAGGUAGCAUUUAUUUUACGUAAAUAUUGCGAAUAAUGAGGCUAGUCUGUAAGGAAAUUAGUGGCCGCCAUAUGUAAACAAAGAACUUUAUCGUUGAAAAUUCUUGUAAACAAAUGCUUAAAUCCCUGUAUUCUAUAUGGAUAUGGAAGUAAAACAGUCUCGAUUCUUGGUUAAAAGAAAAAAAAAAGUGCAGUUAGCAGUUAUUUUACAUAAAUAUUGCGAACUAUGAGGCUAGUCAGUAAGGAAAUUAGCGACCGCCAUAUGUAAACAAAGAGCUUUUUUCGUUGAAAAUUCUUGUAAAUAAAUGCUUAAAUCCUUGAAUUCUGUAUAGAUAUGGAUGUAAAACAGUCUUGGUUCUUGGUUAAAAGCAACAACACUAACAAAAAACACGCGCAGUUAGCAGUUAUUUUACAUAAAUAUUGCGAACUAUGAGUCUAGUCAGUAAGGAAAUUCGUGGCCGCCAUACAGUAUGUAAACAAAGAGCUUUUUUCGUUGAAAAUUCUUGUAAAUUUAUGCUUAAUUCCCUGAAUUCUUUAUAGAUAUGGUUGUAAAACAGUUUCGAUUCUUGGUUAAAAGCCUAAAAAACUUGCUGUUAGCAGUUGUUUUACAUAAAUAUUGCAAAGUAUAAUGCCAAUGCUGUAGUGGCUAAUUUCUCCCAUUGAUUUUUUUCACAACGUUUCAAAAUGCAUGCAUGGUACGACAAAUAUAAAUGAAUAUAAAUAAAUAAAUAUAUAUAUAUAUAUAUAUAUAUAUAUAUAUUUAAUAUACUGGACUGUCUCAGAAAAUUAGACUACACAAUAUUCUAAUUUUCUGAGACAGUCCUGUACAUUAAUCCACCAUUUAAAGCAGGGGUGUCCAAACUUUUUGCAAAGGGGACCAGAUUUGGCGUGGUAAAAAUGUGGGGGGCCGACCUUGGCUGACGUCCUUUACAUAGAACAAUAUACAGGACUGUCUCAGAAAAUUGGAAUAUUGUGUAUUCUAAUUUUCUGAGACAGUCCAGUAUAAUAAAUAUUAAAUCCUUGAAUCCUGGAACAAAUCACUCCUAAGAAAAUCCUUCCUGCUUGUAUGCGGUACAGCUUUCGUACUUUUUCAACCUAAAUCCAGCAUUGGAUCCCUGCAUGUGUUGACUAACUGCGACCGACUGCAAAUAACUGAAGCGGACUGUAGGACAGCCCCCUACUCGAAGGCGUUGCACAGUAGCUCAAUACAAUUAUGAAGUCUAUGGUUACUAUACCUUAUGGUAUUUGGUAACACUUUAUUUGACAGUGGUGCCGUAAGACUGUCAUAAGGCAUCAUAAUUAUGACAUUACACUGCCAGGAGCAUUAAUAAAUGCUUAUGAUAGAUAUCAUUUUGUGGCAUCCGGAAAAUGAUCCCACUUUCCAAUGGAUGUAAACUAUCCGAGCUGAACAUAAAUGGAGUUAGUGACAUAAUUUGUCGGAUGACACUUAAUGACUUCUGUCAUAUGCAUUCACAUUAAAGCCCAUGAUAAUGUCAUAUCAUAAUUACGCGUCUUAUGGCACCUCUGUCAAAUAAAAUGUUACCAGAUACCAUAACUAGCAAUCAAUUAAACAACUGGAACAGUAACUGAAGAAAUAAUUAGCACAGAACAUGAAUUUGAAUUGUUAUUUACUAGGGCUGUCAAACGAUUAAAAUUUUUAAUCGAGUUAAUUACAACUUAAAAAUUAUUUAAUCGUAAGUAAUCGCAAUUCAAACCAUCUAUAAAAUAUGCCAUAUUUUUAAGACACAAGACGGAUAUAUACAUUCAACAUACUGUACAUAAGUACUGUAUUAGUUUAUUAUAACAAUAAAUCAACAAGAUGGCAUUAACAUUAACAUUCUCUUAAAGCGAUUCAUGGAUAAAAAGACUUGUAGUUCUUAAAAGAUAAAUGUUAGUACAAGUUAUAUAAAUUUUAUAUUAAAACUAGGGCUGUUAGACGAUUAAAAAUUUUAAUCGAGUUAGUCACAGCUUAAAAAUUAAUUAAUCGUAAUUAAUCGCAAUUCAAAUCAUCUAUAAAAUAUGCCAUAUUUUUCUGUAAAUUAUUGUUGGAAUGGAAAGAUAAGACACAAAAUGGAUAUAUACAUUCAAAAUACAGUACAUAAGGACUAUUUGUUUAUUAUAACAAUAAAUCAAGAAGAUAGCAUUAACAUUAACAUUCUGUUAAAGCGAUCCAUGGAUAGAAAGACUUGUAGUUCUUAAAAGAUAAAUGUUAGUACAAGUUAUAGAAAUCUUAUAUUAAAACCCCUCUUAAUGUUUUCGUUAUAAUAAAAUUUGUAAAAUUUUCAAUCAGAAAAUAAACUAGUAGCUCGCCAUUGUUGAUGUCAACCCAUAUAAACAGUCGCACCAAAGACCAGCAGAGGGAGACAAAAAACACAAGUAACAAGUGGACAUGACACUGCUGUCAUUUUAAUCUAUUUGAGCGGGGCAUGUGCGUUAAGUGCGUCAAAUAUUUUAACUAGGGCUGUCAAAAUCAUCGCGUUAACGGGCGGUAAUUAAUUUUUUUUAUCAAUCACGUUAAAAUAUUGGACGCAAUUAACGCCCCACUCAGACAGAUUUAAAUGAUAGCGCAGUGAAAUGACCACAUCUUAAUUGUGUUUUAUGGAGUUUUGCCGCCCUCUGCUGGUGCUUGGGUGCGACUGAUUUUAUAGGCUUCAGCACCCAUGAACAUUGUGUAAGUAAUUAUUGACAUCAACAACAGCGGGCUACUAGUUUAUUUUUUGAUUGAAAUUUUUACAAAUUUUAUUAAAACGAAAACAUUAUGAGGGGUUUUAAUAU